AUGUCCGAGCCCAAAGCCCCACUGGACAGCCCCGAGGCGGAGCACUCAGAUAGUACUCUAAGUGCCAAUGCUCCCUCGGACGAUGGCCUGGUGCCCACAACCGAGAAGGCCGAAAAUGGAGGCAUCGCGCCAGACAGUCCUCGCGAGCUUAAGGAAAACGAGUGCUACGACAAGCUGGCUUACUCUUGGCCUCGGUGGAAAAAAUGGACAUACUUGAUUGCUGUUGCCUUCGUACAGGUGUCUAUGAACUUCAAUACCUCCGUCUUCCCCAAUGCAGUCAAGCCUCUUUCAAAGGCCUUCGACAUUAGUCAACAACACGUCCGAACCGGGCAAAUGGCCUACCUUGUGACCUACUCCAUUGGAUGUGAACUCUGGGCGCCGUGGAGUGAGGAAUUUGGUCGCUGGCCGAUCCUCCAGCUCUCCAUGUUUUUGAUCAACAUCUGGCAGCUCCCCGCCGCAUUGGCACCUAACUGGGGCUCCAUUGUUGUUGCACGUGCUCUAGGUGGAAUUUCCACUGCAGGUGGUAGUGUUACUCUUGGUUUGGUUGCCGACGUCUACGAGCCCGAUGAGCAGCAAUUCCCGCUGGCAUUUAUUGUCUUCUCAUCUUGCAUUGGAACUAGUAUCGGUGGUGUCAUCGGUGGUCCGAUCGAACGCUUCCUUUCUUGGCAGUGGUUCUUCUGGAUCCAGUUGAUCUUCGGAGCCGUCACUCAAGCGAUCAUUUUCUUUAUGCCCGAGAGUCGGUCGACAAUUCUCAUCGACAGAGAAGCGAAACGCCGUCGCAAGAGCGGAGAAGACCCGAACGUUUACGGACCCAACGAGCUCAAGAAACCUCGCAUCUCCCUCAAAGAGGCAGGAAAGAUUUGGGUGCGACCAUUCCACAUGCUGCUGCGUGAGCCCAUUGUGUUCUGCCUGUCUCUUCUCUCUGGAUUCUCCGAUGCACUCAUCUUUACCUUCCUGGAGAGCUUCACUACGGUCUAUGAGCAGGGCUGGGGCUUUGGUGUUCUAGCUUGCGCUUGGGCCGUUAUCCCAAUCAACCUUGCCUACUUAAUCGCCUACAUCUCCUACUUCCCCUGGUUCUGGAGAGACGAAUACAAGCGCAAGAAGCACGGUAACGAUGCAAUCCCACCCGAGCGCCGUCUCAAGUGGCUUCUCUGGCUGGCACCAUUCGAGCCGAUUGGACUAUUUGGUUUUGCCUGGACAUCUUUCGGCAAAGCGCGCGGUAUACCAUGGAUCGCAUCGAUGAUUUUCUCCACGAUGGUCGGAAUUGCAAAUUACGCGAUUUAUCUAUCGUCUGUUGACUACAUGAUCGCAGCUUACGGUGUCUAUUCCGCGUCCGCUUGUGGUGGCAAUGCCUUCGCUCGUGAUCUGCUGGCCGGUAUCUCGGCGAUGUACGCCACGCCGAUGUACACCAACAUUGGUGACAAAUGGCAUGUCGAAUACGCCAGCACCAUUUUGGGUUGUCUUUCUUGUCUGGUUGUCGCUCCUAUCUAUGUGUUCUACUGGUAUGGACCGCAGAUUCGCGACAGGAGUAAGUUCGCCAAGUCUCUCGCUGCUGAUCGCAAGGAGAACGGUGGCCGACGAGUUAGCCAGCCUUCGAUUGAGCCAUGA